AUGGCUCUUGGUUUUUGUUGCAGUUUCUCCCUGUCGCAGAUCCCUGUUCUGCGGCUGACCCUGCCCAGGGAUCAAUGCGUCUCCACCGGUCUCGACGCCCUGCACUGGUCCUGUGACUUCCCGGAGCAAGAAAUGCGAAAGUUCUUGUCCCUGGACGCCAAUGCCGAUUCGGUCGCCAUGAACUUCUUCAGUCAGUUCGUGCUGCGCCAGAACUCAGGAAAAAGAGCUUCGGCGGCUUCGGCAUCUGCCAAGAACGGCUUGGAGGGCGCCGGAAUGGAGGAGCUGCUCGGAGCCUUGCUCGCCGCCGGAAGGCCCAGCGACCAGGACGUCGUCCGCGUCGCUUGCAGUUGGAUCCUCGAAAACGAGGCAGAGUGGUCCAAGUGGGCAAAGCCUCGAGAAGUUCCUUUUUAUGCUGACACAUUGAACUCUUGGUAUCCGUUCCCGUCCUUGGCCGCCUUGCUGCUCCUUGCGGUUGGGACGAUGGUACUUCUGGAAAACGCCUGCUUGUCGACUACAUUAAGUGUGAAAGAAUGGCGGCGGAUUCUGCACAAGAACGGCGCAGUUUGGCGAAGCGAUGUAGAGCUGAAGCUUCGGAAAAACCUCGGGGACAGUCCAGUCAGCCCAGCGAGCGCAAGUCCCGCAAGUCCACGAAGGAGUAUUUCACCCUCCCAGGUCUCCUUGAAGCAGGACUGGGAAGGCUUGGCAGAGAAAUCCUUGCGACGAGCAAGCGAGUUCUGGAAUCGUGCUGAUCGCUGGGUUGCCGAAGCUCAGUGCAGGACGCCUGCCGGGCAUGCUACCGGCCAGGCCGAGGCCAGCUUUGUAAGCUUCGCACACCACAGCUUCCCCUGCUUCCAGCAUUCCAAAGAAGCAGUGGUGUUCCUGCGACGCUCCAGGCAGGAAUCAAGUUUGGAAGUGGAAGUUGUCGUGGAAGCCAGCGAGGGUGGCGCGAAGGCGGACAAGGACUUUUAUCCUCAAAGCCACUCUGUUGUGUUUUCGCCUGGCCAGAGCGAAGCGGUGCUUCGGAUACCCGUGGUUCACCACCAGGAUUGCUGGCAGAACUCGUAUUGGUUCCAGGCUCGACUUGGCAGACUGCGGGACUCCAUGGCCAAAAAAGCAGCCCCGGCCAAAGCGACGAUUUGGGUCUUCGACGAGGAUACGUGGCCAGCCAACAUCCCUUCACAUAUGCGGACCGGCCAGGGCAUCAGCUUGAUGAGGUACUUCAUCAAAGCGGACCGGAGCAGGAGGGGGGACAAGUGGACCAAGACCAUGAUCGCCAUGGUCUUCUUGCCGGUGCACUCAGUGCUUGUUUCCACCCUUGUGCAGAAGACGCUAGUCGACCAUGCGAUUGGUCGGUUAAUCGGCUUGAACUCCACCUGGGGGUAUCUGGAAUGCUUGCUGUUGGUGUUGAUUCAGCUCCUGAGCUUGGGCCUGAACCGCUGGGCCGAUGUGGUGCAGACCCGGAACCGCGGCCGGACCGGGGGCAUCCGCCAGGCGCACCGGUCGGACAUGAUCCGGAAGUUCAUGCACCUGGAACGCAACGAGUACUGGGAGGCAUCCGACGCAGAUUGGCUCUAUGCAGCCAUCUACGAUGUCGAUAUCAUCACCGGCAAAGCGUAUUUCCAAGUCUUCGUUCUCGCACAGAGCUGCUUUGCCCUCCUCCUUUCGGUGCUGCUGGUCACGGGACUGGCAGUGUGGAGCUAUCUGGAGCAG